AUGCCGGCGCGGGCUGCGGCAGAGCUUCGCGCACAGGAGGAGAGGGCGGCGCAGCUGGCUUCUGAGCAGGAGGCAGUGAGGCGGGCGGAGCGCGAGGCGGCAGAGCUAGCGGAUGCGGCAGAGCAGGCGGCGCUGCGCGAGGAUGCGGAGCUGGCAGAGGCGCUGCGCCGGUCAGAGGUGGAUGCGGAGGAGGCACUGGUGCGUCGGGUGUCGCGGUGCGAGGAGGCGGUGAGCAGCGAGUCGACCGGCGGCGGCGGGGACUUGGUGCGGCGUGUCGAGCGGCUGGAGGCGAGCCUCGGCGCGGCGACCGAGGGCAGCCUCGAGGAGCGGGUCGGCGCCAUCGAGCGCUUGAUCGGGCCAGAGGCGGGAGAGGCGGCGGAGCAGCAUCUGCCGGUCACCGAGCCGCUUGCUGCCGUCUCACUCGCGGACGCCGGCCUCGACACGGGGCGGCCGGCUGCCCCCGAGUCCACGAUGGGGGGAGAGACCACGUGUAUCGUGUGUUUCGCGAGAGUCAAGUCGCAUGCUGCGGUUCCGUGCGGGCACCUGUGUGCUUGUGGGCCGUGCUCGGAGCUGAUGCGAGAGUGCCCUUACUGCCGCGAGCCAGUGAUGAUGUGGAUGGUCCUCUCGCUCAUCAGCGUGGCCGUCCUGCUGCACCAGCAGCCCUUCAUGGUCAGGCCGCGCAGGGAAAAACUUGUGCCGCUGACGCUGGCGAUCGGCGCCGCCGUUCGCUGGGCUGGCCCGAUUGUCGAAAGCUCGGCCAUCAACGUCACGGCUCGGUCGCUACUGACGCCGCUCGAGUACGUGAGCUCAAAGCCCCCGAGGCGCACGCUGAGCUCGGCGUAUGCAAAGACCGCGCGAAAAUUUGAUCGGCUUCUGGACACUAACUCCACCGUCCAGCAGCUCGCGGGACGGCCCUCGCCCAACCUGCCACUGAUCGGCGCCUCGCUGAUCACCUCCGGCUCAGCCUCGGCGGUGCUCCUCCCCGGCGCUGAGGCUGCCAGACAGUAG